AUGAAAUAUAAUUUCCAUUUGGAUGUUGCAGUCGGACCUACCAUCCGGAGCGUGGGGCCGGACAGGCUGAGCACGGCCAACCUCUACGGCGAGGCCAAGUUCGACUGCGAGGCGGAGGCCAAUCCGACCCCCACCUACCAGUGGCUCCAGCAGGUCCCGGAGCUGGAACUGCCGCUCAUCGUCUCCAACGAGGCCAAGCUGGAGCUGAGGAACGUGUCCUACCAGCAUCAGGGCGACUACAUCUGCAGGGUCUGGAACUACAUCGGCAACACCGAGCGGGCCGUCAUGAGCGAUCCUGUUACUCUACAGGUCGUAGGAGGACCUCAGGUGCUGAGGGGCAGCUGGGGCGGGGAGGUGACGGCUCUGCGGGGCGAAGACGCAACCUUGGGGUUGGUGGUGUGUGCCGACCCGAGGCCACGCCAUGCCAGCUGGGAAUGGGGCAGCCUCCACCUUCAGGUUGGCCAGGGGCUCGGCCGCUUCCAGGCUGAGCAGCUUGUACAGCAGGAGAAGCGCGAAGACUGCUACGAGGCGAGGCUGCACGUGCGACAGGUGGACCCGACAGACUCGAGGACCUACUUCCUCAAGGUGGAGAACGACAAGGGCACGGACAGGCACUACCUCAGGCUGGCCGUCCGCGGUUCGUAUAACAACGGCAAGUUUCAGCUUCACCGCUCUCGGAUCCAGCACUCCUCGGGUCCGGUGCUGAUUGAACGGCUACGGGAUCUGCAUGAGCUAUCCAGGUAUCAGGGUAUUGACGUUUCGUGUUCCUUAUGUGAAUUCAUCAAGCGCCCCUCCUUCCUUCCUCCUCCUCCUCCCCCCUAUUCCCGUCACGGACAGCCUAAGAGGUUCCCAAGCACGCCGCUCGACGCUACGCGGCUAUAA